AUGAAGCGCCAGGCCGUGCGUCAGCUGCGCAGCGCAGUCGCGUCUCCGCGAUGCUCAACGCAUCUGCCCCUCCGGAUCGCCCGCUGGUACUCGUCUCACCCUCCGAAUGCGAAGCUCAACCUCCCCAUCGACUACUCCACGACGCCGAUACUGGCCCAGGGCGGUAAGCCCGCGCUCGGAAACGUCAACGAGAUCCCUGCCGAGGUCCGCAAUGGCCCGACGAGGAAGAUGAACCUCUUUCAGGCCAUCAACAACGCGCUGGGCACCGCGCUGGCCGAGGACGACAACGUCUUGGUCUUUGGCGAGGACGUCGCUUUUGGAGGCGUGUUUCGAUGCACGAUGAAGCUGGCCGAGACGUACGGCGCGGACAGGGUGUUCAACACGCCGUUGACGGAGCAGGGCAUCAUGGGCUUCGGCAUCGGUCUUGCGGCGCAGGGCAUGCGGCCCGUUGCCGAGAUCCAGUUUGCCGACUACGUGUUCCCGGCCUUUGACCAGAUCGUCAACGAGGGUGCGAAGCUGAGGUAUCGCGAGGGUAGCUGCGGCCCACACGCCGGUGGCCUCACCGUCCGCAUGCCAUGCGGCGGCGUCGGCCACGGAGCCCUGUACCACUCGCAGUCCCCCGAGAGUCUCUUCACCCACGUCCCGGGCUUCCGGGUCAUCAUCCCACGCUCACCAAUCCAGGCCAAGGGCCUCCUCCUGUCCGCCAUCCGCAGCAACGACCCUUGCCUGUUCCUGGAGCCCAAGAUCCUCUACCGCGCUGCCGUUGAGAUGGUGCCCGAGGCUGCGUACGAGCUCCCGCUGUCCAAGGCCGAGGUCCUCAAGGAGGGCAAGGACGUGACCGUCAUCUCCUACGGCCAGCCCAUCUACAACUGCCUGGCGGCGAUCCAGCGGGCCGAGGCGGACCUGGGCAUCUCGGCCGAGCUGAUCGACCUUCGCACCGUCUACCCCUGGGACAAGCAGACGGUGUUUGAGAGUGUGCGCAAGACGGGUCGCGUCAUCGUCGUGCACGAGUCCAUGGUCAACGCCGGCGUCGGCGCCGAGGUGGCGGCUGCGAUCCAGGAGGAUCCCGACACCUUUGUCCGGCUCGAGGCGCCCGUCGGGCGUGUGGCGGGCUGGAGCAUCCACAACCCGCUGAUUUUCGAAAAGUUCAACAUUCCCGACGUUGCGAGGAUAUAUGAGAAUAUCAGAAAGAGCCUAGACUAUUGA